AUGGCGCCGCGCUCGUACUCCAAGACCGCUAAGGUCCCGCGUCGUCCCUUCGAGGCCGCUCGUUUGGACUCCGAGUUGAAGCUCGUCGGCGAGUAUGGUCUCCGCAACAAGCGUGAGGUCUGGCGUGUGCUUCUCACUCUGUCCAAGAUCCGUCGUGCUGCUCGUGAGCUUCUCACCCUCGACGAGAAGGACCCGAAGCGCCUCUUCGAAGGCAAUGCCCUCAUUCGCCGUCUUGUCCGCGUCGGUGUGCUCGACGAGUCGCGCAUGAAGCUCGAUUACGUCUUGGCCCUGAAGGCUGAAGAUUUCUUGGAGCGCCGCCUUCAGACUCUCGUCUACAAGCUCGGUCUCGCCAAGUCGAUCCACCACGCCCGUGUCCUGAUCCGCCAGCGCCACAUCCGUGUCGGCAAGCAGAUCGUCAACGUUCCCUCUUUCAUCGUCCGUCUCGACUCGCAGAAGCACAUCGACUUCGCUCUGACCUCGCCGUUCGGCGGUGGCCGCCCUGGCCGUGUCAGGAGAAAGAAGGCCAAGGCCGCGGAGAAGGGUGAGGAGGGUGAGGACGAGGACGAGGAGUAA